AUGCCAUUCUUUUUGUGCACUAGGCAAAAAGAAGCAUGGUCUGGUUUUGCAGAGUCAGCUAAGGAUGGCCCAAGCACAAGGUUUUUGAGUGAAUUUGCUAAAAAGUAUGAAGUGGUCAUUAUAUCCCCUAUCUUAGAAAUCGAUGAAAACGGUGUUUGGUGGAAUACAGCUGUUGUAAUUAACGAAAGAGGUGAGUAUUUGGGAAAACAUCGCAAGAAUCAUUUGCCAUGUGUGGGAAGCUUCAAUGAAACGAACUAUUAUUCGCCUGGCAAUACCGGUCAUCCUGUUUUUGAGACAAAAUAUGCUAAAAUUGCUGUAAACAUCUGCUAUGGUCGACAUCAUGCACUUAAUUGGCUAAUGUUUGGUUUAAACGGUGCAGAAAUAGUUUUCAAUCCUUCCGCAACUAUUUCCGAGUUCGGGGAGUCGUUUUGGGGUAUAGAAGCUAGAAAUGCAGCAACCGCCAAUGGGUUUUUUACAUGUAGUGUCAAUAGGGUUGGCACAGAGAUGUUUACUGUAAAUGACAAGGAGAUAACCAGGUCGUAUUAUGGCUCAAGUUACGUAACAGCGCCAGAUGGGUCUAGAACGCCAAUGCUAUCUAGAAACAAAGAUGGCUUACUUAUAAUGGAAAUUGAUUUAAAUCUUUGUAGACAAGUUAAAGACCGAUGGGGUUUUAAUAUGACUUCUCGUUUAGAUAUGUACGUUGAAUGUCUUCAAAACUCUACUGAAAACGCAAAUUAA